CUCGAUUGCACCAUCAAUCAUCUGUCAGCAAAUCAAGAAAGUCCUCAACACCCUCUGCACACUCGCACAAAAAAAAAAGUUUCAUUCUUUUCUGCUACUACACAAGUUUAUAGGGGGCUAUGGCUUCUACAACUCUGUCUUGGUCAGCUGCUCCUUUGGUGUCGAAGAAACCCAUUAACACUCCAACUAAAGGAACCAUUCCUUGCUCAUUGAGCUUCCCACAGAGAGGUUCCAACUCUGUUCGACCUUCACGGCUGUCUUUUGUGAGAGCUCAGGCAGCAGGAGAUAACAAGGACACAUCCGUGGAUGUGCAAGUCAAUCCUCAGAGUAGCCAAGGCACAGCAGUUGAAAAAAGACCUAGGAGGCAGCUGGCCGUUGAUGUCUCACCUUUCGGUUUGUUGGAUCCAUUGUCUCCGAUGAGGACAAUGCGUCAAAUGAUGGACACAAUGGACAGGAUAUUUGAGGAUGCGAUGACACUGCCUGGAAGCAGAAGCAGAACAGUAGGAGAAGUACGAGCACCAUGGGACAUCAAAGAAGAUGAAAACGAGUUCAAGCUGAGGUUCGACAUGCCAGGACUCUCAAAGGAGGACGUGAAGGUGUUUGUGGAGGAAGAUGUGCUUGUUAUUAAGGGUGAACAUAAAAACGAAGAAGGUGGAGAGGAUUCAUGGGCUAGCAGAAGUCUGAGUUCUUACGAUACACGUCUUAAACUCCCAGAUAACUGCGAGAAAGAUAGAAUCAAGGCGGAGUUGAAGAAUGGAGUUCUGUUCAUUUCCAUUCCUAAAACCAAAGUGGAACGCAAGGUGAUUGAUGUAGAAAUCCAGUAAAGGAUUGAUGCAGAUGAUCGAAGAUGCUUAACUAUAUAGAUGAGUGUCUUUGGCUUUCAAGAGUGUGGAGUUGUUGCUAUGUGUAUAAAACGAUGCGUUUGGAAAUAUGUAUAAUUAAUCAGAAAUAACAUCACCUUGCUAUGAAAA